UUGGGCAACUCGUGAAUGCUUUAAUUCCAUUGUCGUGGACCUACUGCAUGCUUUCUAUUUGCAUUGUAUGGCCACAAAUUAGGCUAAACAACAACAAGAGUCACGAGAGACUCUACAUUUACAUCACUAGAUUUGGAUUGCCACAACUCUUAUUAUCAUUUAUUUUAUGUACAUUAAAUCUUUAUCCUCUCCCUUUUCAUGAGUUGAUAAAAGGACAAGCAGCUCAAGUGCAUUGCAAAUUGACGAUGUGUAGCAGCACAUUAAUUUCUGUAGAAUUCCAUCCUAGUAAAAAACAUUUGCUGCUUUAUUCUAACGUUUGAGAGAGAGAGAGUGAGAGAGAGAGAAAACAAUAGAUGUUUCUUUAAUUGAUAGUGUGAUAAGGAUGGGAAAAUCUUGAUACCCAAUUUGAUGAACUCUGUACGAAAAAAGGCAGUUUAAGGGUUCUCUCUAACAUGGAAAUUGCUAUAACUUCUUUCUUUGCCAAUGACCCUUCUUCUCAUGGAUUUGUUUCAACUCACAACAAUACGUACAAAUAGGAUGGUUUAAUUUAUGGAUUCAAUCAUGAAAUUUGUGUUCUUAAUUAUAAUGUCAAUUCUAAAUUAUAGUUUUUUUUUUUUUGUCGAAUUAUUUGAAACUGUCAAGGUGGACAAGUAAAUGAAACCAUUUUUUUAAGGAUUCUAUUAUUAGCUUGAUGCCUAUGUGAGCACUAGUAGACAUGCAACUCCCAUCAUUUCAAUAAAACAGUUUAAUUAUGUCUUUAUCUGUUCAUAACAUAUUCUUCUCCUACAAAUUAAAUACGCUUAUUUGGAUCAAGCAAUCGUCAAUACGUGGUUUUUGGAAGCUCUAUCCUGAAGCAAGGAAUGCGUCUGAUUUUGGCACUCUCUUCUAGAGAAGCAUGUCUCAAAGUAGUUCUUGUUUAUUAUUUAUUUAUUUAUUUAUCGAAGAUAAGAAAUUCAUUAAUGGACUGAAAUGGGAAAUACAAAAAUGGGUUCAAGGCUCAAUUACAAAGUGCAUGGGAAGGCCUUGUUCUAAACCAUUUAGCUCCAGCAAGACAGGCCCAUGGCUCAAGCAGAGAGAACUAAAGUUAGAGGCUCCAACCUAUAAUCCUCGGACCGCCUGUAGAGGAAACGGCGCCACCAAGUUGAACGAGCUAGACGGUGACAUGGAUGACAAGCAAACCAGAAUCGCAUAAAAGAAAGGCCAAAGCAAACGAGAAGAAGAGAGAACACCCGAAACAAGCCAACCCUACACAAAACAAAUCACAACCCAGGCCAAACUACACGCUGAAAACAUAGCUAAACAGGAGAUCUCCAGGCGAUAGGCAGCGCUCAACCCUCCUGGCCAUUUAAGGAAUCGGAUAUCUACUGAAGACGUCAGUUUCGUCUCCAAAAAUUAUCAUACCAUAAAAGAAAUGUGUCAAUCUUGAGAAAAACAACCCAUGCAAGGCAAUCCAACACACUAGGAAGCAGAAGCCUUCAACCCAACACAGAUCUUCAACCCUACGCCAUAGAUCUAAAUCUCUAGGUGGUGCUUGAAACUGAGAUGCAAACAAACUGAAAUCCUUCACUUGUACUGCUGGUCUGCCACCAAAACAAAAGAAACUCAUAUGUAUAGUCCCACCCGAAGGAAGGAAAAAUCCGCACUCUGGUAAGGUGGAAAGGCCACUCCUGCCCGGAUGGACAGGGGAAGCCAACGGAUGCAGCAGAGAAACGAGGCCUAACCUUAAGGAGAAAAAGACCCUUUCGGAGAAAGUUCGCUUUUUAACCAAAAAAGCAGUUGAGUCUCAAAGCAGUUCACAAGCUAGUACUGUUGCAGAAGAAAUUCCUUCCUAGCCCUACUUCCACCUUAACCUUGCCAGGCAACAUAAUAAAACAAACACCAUACAAUCCAGAAAAAUAAACAAUUAAAUAAAAAAUGGACCAAAUCACAUAGAAGCAGAAACUAAUGCACAGCAAAUAUUGUAAGAGAAAUAAACUGCCGGAGACCAACACAUGCAUUUCACCCCAAGACCCAAAAACACUGCCAGUGCCAAAUUUGCCAAGCGAUGCCAACCUCCCUUAGCCUAUUCAACCCUUCUUCUUAGAGACAACGAUGUUUCAGUCAAUGCAAACAUGACACGUGUCAACCUUGUGCAUAAGUACAGUUUCUUUAUUACAUUAUAAAAUAAAGCCUCUGCUUCAUAAUGGUCCUUAGCCAUCCUAUUACAUUUUUUCUUUCUCGAUCCUGUUGGUUCUCCUCCAUUAAAUUUGGCAUGCAACACCAACAUUCCUAAAGUUCAAAUUGUUUUGUGGUUAUGCUUCAGGGGAAUUACUUGUGGUUGCUGCUCGCACAUUAACAUAUCCUUGCUUUUUGUUCCUUAGAUUUAUAGUAUUGAAGAUUGCCUACACUACUGUCCUUCCAAGUUCAAUUCUUUCCUUCUUAUGGAGCUUGUUCGCGGGUUGGUAGUCAUUUCGAUUAUAGUGAUUUUUCUCCUUCAGAAUUCAAGCAACGUACAAGGAAGAUACCAUCAUCACAAGACCAAAAAUAAGUCCUCCAAAAAACCAGGGUCCCCCGUUUCUCCAUCCCCUGAUCCUCAACACCCCUCUGUUCCUUCCUCCCCGGUUAAUACUCCUCCAAUUCCCUCAGAUCCAUCCACUUCAGAUCGCAUUUUCGACGUGAAAUCUUAUGGGGCAGUUGGAGAUGGUUCCGCUGAUGACACUAACGCAUUUGUGGCAGCAUGGAAGGCAGCCUGUGAAGUUGAAUCAGGAGUUGUUUUGGCUCCUUCAGGUUAUGUUUUCAUGAUCACUUCAACCAUUUUCUCAGGGCCUUGCAAGCCAGGACUUGUGUUUCAGGUGGAUGGGCUCCUAAUGCCACCGGAUGGACCAGAUUCCUGGCCGGAAAAAGAUAGCAGAAAGCAAUGGCUUGUGUUUUAUCGACUCGAUGAUAUGACUCUCACCGGAAAAGGAACUAUUGAAGGCAAUGGAGAGAAGUGGUGGGAUCUCCCCUGCAAACCUCACCGGAGUUCUAACGGAAAGGCAUCGAAAGGACCAUGUGACAGCCCUGCGUUGAUUCGGUUCUUCAUGAGCUCCAAUCUAGUAAUAAGCAACUUAAGGAUUCAAAACAGUCCUCAAUUCCACAUGAAAUUCGAUGGCUGCCAAGGCGUUCUAAUACAACAGCUGUACAUAUCUUCUCCUAAACUCAGCCCCAACACUGAUGGGAUCCACAUCGAAAAUACAAAGACUGUUGGAAUAUACAACUCUUUGAUUAGCAAUGGUGAUGAUUGCAUAUCAAUUGGAACUGGGUCCUCAAAUGUUGAUAUCGAGGCUGUCACCUGCGGCCCUAGUCACGGGAUUAGCAUUGGAAGCCUAGGAGUACAUAAUUCCCAGGCAUGUGUCUCCAACAUAACAGUUAGAAAUGCAAUUAUAAGAGAUUCAGACAAUGGUGUGAGGAUCAAGACAUGGCAAGGUGGGACGGGAUCUGUUUCAGGCAUAUCCUUCCAGGACAUCCAAAUGGAGAAUGUUAGAAACUGCAUGAUCAUAGACCAAUACUACUGCAUGUCAAAGGGAUGUCGAAAUCAGACCUCAGCAGUGUAUGUGACAGAUAUAUCAUACAGGAACAUUAAGGGCACUUAUGAUGUGCGAACCCCACCAAUUCACUUUGCCUGCAGUGACACUGUCCCUUGCACCAAAAUAACCCUGUCAGAAGUUGAGCUUCUCCCUGAAGAAGGAGAAUUGGUAGAUGAUCCAUUCUGUUGGAAUGCCUAUGGGACAGAAGAAACAGUCACUAUACCUCCUCUAAAUUGCCUGAGAGAUGGAGAGCCUGAGAGUGAGGGAGAGGUCGCCUCCUAUGGUUGCUAAAAAACUAUACUACGAGUACUCGUGAUUAAUUAUGAUUUCAUUACUAUAGGAUACUGUAUAGAGCCAUUCUCUUUCAUGGGUCUUGAUUACUAUUUAGGCUCCAUCCCUGUUAGGGUAUUUCCCCUUAUUGUGUGAUGAGAUUGUAGUAGAAGAUGAGUCUUAUUAUUAUUUUUUUUUUGUUGGAUUUUUACCUGUAUGAUUAUUAAAGAUUGUAGUGGUUUCAUUUGAUUUAUUUUA